AUGAAGGUGAUAUUGGGUGUUCUGGGCAAUUCUAAAGACCAGUCAAAUUCAGAAUAUGAUUUGCGUAUCAACUUUCUUAGUUUUAGGGUUUCUUUCAAGAUUGGGUUAUUGGGUACUAGCAGGAUGAUAGUAUGUGUUCUGCAUGUCUUUUACAGGACUGUUGUUGAAGAUUUUACUUUCUGUUGUAUUAAUGCAGAGGACGAGAGGUGUCUGGGAUGGCUGGACGCGCAGCAGGUGGGUUCUGUGAUAUAUGUUUCUUUUGGGAGAACCUCCCUCAAAUCGAACCAACAGCAGGAAGAGAUUGCUCUGGGGUUGGAGAGCAGCCAGCAGCCUUUUCUGUGGGUCUUGCGAAUGGAUAUUGCACAAGGGAAGCCUGUCGUUUUGCCACAUGGAUUUUUAGAACGGAUAGGAGAUAGAGGGCUGAUUGUGGGAUGGGCGCCGCAGGUGAAGGUGUUGUCCCACGCUUCCGUUGGAGCGUUUCUUACGCAUAGCGGAUGGAACUCCGUGAUAGAGAAUAUCGGCUUCAGAAUUCCUAUGCUGGGAUGGCCAUAUUUUGCGGAUCAGUUUCUCAAUUGCAGAUUUGUCAACGAUGUGUGGAAGACUGGGAUGGACUUUAAGGGUGUGGAUGUUGACGAGUAUAGGUUGGUUUCGAGAGAAGAGGUUGAGAAUGGGGUGAGGAGGAUUAUGGAAUGUGAAGAGGCUAGGUAA